AUGAAACGAAAAUAUGAAGAAGAAUUUCCCGAGAUUAUUGACUCUCCCAACUCUAUUACUAAGGCACUAAAGUUUGAGCAGACACUUGUGGAGGCGCCACAACAAGCUGCACAAGAAUAUUACAUUAAUCAAUCUGAAUAUCAUGAUUCUCAGAUCCACUCUCAAACACCACCCAUAGCAGCUUCCUCUUCAUUCUCUCAAUUCACCACAAUUGAACAACACCGUACCCACUCCUCCGAGCAAUAUCUUGCCUUUCAAACAGAGGAGCAGCCACAAGUUCAAACACCAAAGGCAAAUACUUGGUUUCCUGUUCAUGUUCCAGAUAGACCCCAAUCUCAACAAAAUCAUAAAGAUGCUGAUGAGGAGAGGAAAUUAACACAUGAAGAAUUGGAAGAAUUAUUCGCCAAUUGCACUGAUCAAUGUGAUUCAGAGGUUCAAAAUUGCAUUAGAUAA